AGAAAAAAACUUUGAAAGCAUAAAUCUAAUCAGCUUUCUUCACUGAAAUCUCUCUCUCAUCUCUGCUAUGUUCCAGUCCAAACAAAACUAAACUUCAUAAAAAUAAAAAGAAAAGAAAAGAAAACAGAAAAUGUUGUACAAAUGUUUGGAUUCCCUCUCCGUCAAAGAUGUGGAAACGUCCGGGAUAUCGAAUGAACUCGCCGAAGAAAUUCACCAGAAGGUGUCGGAGAUCGUUCGUAGUUACGGAUCUAACUCGCCGGAGACUUGGAACCGAAUUUCCAAACAUGUCCUAACCCCUAAUCUCCCUUUCUCUCUUCAUCAAUUGAUGUAUUAUGGUUGUUACAAAGAUUUCGGAGCUGACCCCCCUGCUUGGAUUCCCGACCCGGAGAGUGCAUCAUUAACAAAUGUUGGGAGUCUAUUGGCGAGGCAUGGAAAAGAAUUCUUUGGCUCCAAAUACAGCGACCCUAUUUCUAGUUUCUCUCAUCUUCAGGAAUUUUCGGUCUCAAACCCUGAGGUUUAUUGGAAAGCUGUUCUGGAUGAGAUGUGCGUAGAUUUUUCGGUUCCUCCUGAUUGUAUCUUACAGAGUCCAUCUGAAGACAGCCACAUAUCAAAUCCAGGAGGUAAAUGGCUUCCUGGAGCUUUUGUGAACCCUGCGAAGAACUGCUUGGUUGUUAAUAGCAAGAGAAAUUUGAAUGAUACAGUAAUAAGAUGGCUUGAUGAGGGAGAUGAUGAUCGGCCUGUGAAAAGCAUGAUGCUUAAGGAAUUGCAGACGGAGGUUUGGUUAGUUGCACAUGCACUUGAUGCUCUGGGUUUGGACAGAGGAUCUGCAAUUGCAAUUGAUAUGCCAAUGAAUGUCUACUCUGUGAUUAUCUAUCUUGCAAUUGUUCUAUCAGGCUAUGUAGUUGUAUCCAUUGCCGACAGUUUUGCUCCACCUGAAAUAUCAACAAGGCUUAAAAUAUCAGAAGCGAAAGCCAUUUUUACUCAGGAUCUUAUUAUUCGUGGUGAAAAAAGACUACCUUUGUAUAGUAGAGUUGUGGAGGCUCAGGCUCCAAUGGCCAUUGUUAUCCCAGCCAGAAGCUCUAGUUUCAACAUUAAGUUGCGUGAUGGAGAUAUUUCAUGGCCUGAUUUUCUAGAAAGAGUUAAAAAAUUCAAGGGAGAUGUGUUCAAGGCAGUGGAACAACCAAUAGAGGCAUUUACAAAUAUCCUUUUCUCAUCUGGAACUACAGGUGAGCCUAAGGCAAUUCCAUGGACUAAUGGAACUCCUUUCAAAGCUGCUGCUGAUGCAUGGUGCCAUAUGGACAUCCGCAGAGGUGAUGUUGUUGCAUGGCCUACAAACCUUGGAUGGAUGAUGGGUCCUUGGUUAGUGUAUGCUUCAUUGUUAAAUGGUGCUUCAAUGGCACUAUAUAAUGGAUCUCCCCUUAGUUCUGGCUUUGCCAAGUUUGUACAGGAUGCAAAAGUAACAAUGCUUGGUGUCGUCCCUACCAUUGUUCGCACUUGGAAAAGUACAAACUGUAUUGCUGGAAGUGAUUGGUCGUCCAUCCGUUGCUUCAGCUCCACUGGUGAAGCUUCUAAUGCAGAUGAAUACCUAUGGUUGAUGGGAAGAGCUUACUACAAACCGGUCAUUGAAUAUUGUGGUGGGACUGAAAUUGGUGGUGGUUUUGUUUCUGGAUCAUUUCUACAGCCCCAAUCAUUAGCUGCUUUCAGUACACCUGUUAUGGGUUGCCGCUUAUUUAUUCUCGGUGACGAUGGCCAUCCUAUUCCUGAGGAUGCUCCGGGGAUGGGAGAACUGGCCCUUGGCCCUCUUAUGUUCGGUUCUUCAAGCAUGCUGCUAAAUGCCUGUCACUACGAUGUUUACUUUAAAGGAAUGGCUACAUGGAAUGGACUGGUUCUCCGAAAGCAUGGGGAUGUCUUUGAGCGCACCUCUAGAGGAUACUAUCGCGCACACGGUCGGGCUGAUGAUACAAUGAACAUCGGGGGUAUCAAGGUCAGUUCAGUUGAGAUCGAACGCAUCUGCAAUGCAGCCGAUAGCAGUGUACUUGAGACAGCCGCCAUUGGGGUGCCGCCAGCAGGUGGCGGCCCGGAGCAACUGGUACUUGUGGUAGUGUUCAAGGAUCCCCAGAACUCAAAAACAGACUUGGAUCAAUUGAGAAUAUCUUUUAAUUCAGCAGUCCAAAAGAAUCUCAAUCCAUUGUUCAAGGUUUCUCGUGUUGUGACGGUCUCAUCUCUUCCAAGAACAGCUAGUAAUAAGCUGAUGAGAAGGGUUUUGAGGAAGCAGUUGGACCAUAAUUCUAGAAUAUAAUUGCACAACAUAUACAUGAAGAGAUUCCAUGUAAAAUUAUAAAACCUUAAAACUAGUUUAUUGCACUUUCUUAAACUUUUAUACUA